UUCUGUAUGUCAAAUAUAAGUGAGGAGACUGUGGACCUACGAUCAGCUUGUAUCUGCGCAUCAGAGGCAGGAUAUAUCUAUAUAAUUGGACGGGAACUAUUGAAUAAUAGAACAGCACAGGAUGAGGUUGGCAAUCAAAUUCGACAAGGAACAACUUGUGAAACCUUCAAAUUUCUUCCAUCUCCUCAAACUGAUCUGAUCUACUGUGAUUCCAACGCUGCUUGUCUUAAGGGGAAUUUAUAUCUUUUUGGUGGAACGUCUGUCAUCGAAGGUCCUGACUUUGGUUACAUUUGGUGCUCAUUUGAUCUUCAGGAAUUUCAUACCCGAUAUUCUCAGAGCUAUAAGGCCGGACAUAGUAUAUGGAAAACAAAACUCACGUCCAUAGGAGAAGAACCCCUGAUAUCCACAAAUCUUCAUAUACAUGACCUGAGCACUUCGGCAUGGAUGCUUUUCCCUGAUGAUACUCCAUUUAGGAUAUCUGGUGGAGCUACAGUAUGGCACCUGGGUAAGCUCUAUCUAGUGGGUGGAUACACUGUAGAGUACGACGUGGAGCUGAAAUCCUUCUACCAGAACCCGUCCAACUCUGUCUGGGUGUUUGAUCCCGCCAAGGGGAUUUGGAGCCAAGGUCCCAGCCUUCCCAGGACUAGUAUGGAGUUGCAAGGACGAAUUAUUUCAUUCAGAGGAUAUGCCUUUGGUCAAGCUGUGAGUAAUGCUGGCUGUAUAUAUUACAGUGGCGGGGCAACCCUAGCUGUCAAUAAUAUCUUUAAAAGCUGUGACACCGCGCCUCUUAAUAAAUAUGAGUAUGUUAGCCUACCAAAGGUAUUAAGGCUGGAACCAAACCAGGAAGAAUGGCGCGCAAUCUUUAGUCCAAGUCCAGGACACACACAGGACUAUACCCUUUAUGGAGCUGUCCCUGCAUCAGUAACCCUCAAAAAAAUUAAAGUUAAAAAUGGACGACUAGCAAGCUGUCCGCUUAAUGUUUGAGAACAAUAGAUAUAUAAACAGAUAAACAGAUAAACAAACAGAUAAACAGAUAAACAGAUAAACAGA